AUGGAUGUCCUUGCUCUCUCUGAACCCUUUCCCCCACCCCCUACCCCAGACAUCCCUCUCUGUGCAGGCUGCAACCAACACAUUGUGGACCGUUUCAUCCUGAAGGUGCUGGAUCGCCACUGGCACAGCAAAUGCCUCCGGUGCCACGACUGCCAGGUGCAGCUGGCGGAGAAGUGCUUCAGCCGCGGGGAGAGCGUCUACUGCAAGGAGGACUUUUUUAAGAGGUUUGGGACGAAAUGCGCAGCCUGCCAGCAGGGCAUCCCCCCCACCCAGGUGGUGCGAAGGGCCCAGGAUUUUGUCUACCACCUCCACUGCUUCUCCUGCAUCGUCUGCAAAAGGCAGCUGGCCACCGGGGACGAAUUCUACCUCAUGGAGGACAGCCGGCUGGUCUGCAAGGCCGACUACGAGACCGCCAAGCAGAGGG